AUGGCCAGAAUCGGGCGCGGAGGCUUUCUGGCUCUCGCCGUGGUCUUCCAUCUGGUCUACAUCUACUCCAUCUUCGACAUCUACUUUGUUAGUCCGAUCGUCCAUGGCAUGAGACCAAUUGCCGUUCAGCAAGACCAUGCCCCCUCGAAACGACUGGUUCUAUUUGUAGGCGACGGUCUGCGCGCUGACAAGGCCUUUCAAUCCUUUCCAGACCCUUCUCCUUCUGACCCAGACAACGCCGACUCUACUCCGCGGCCUCUCGCUCCCUUCCUGCGAUCUCGAGUACUCCAGCACGGUACCUUCGGAGUCUCUCAUACAAGGGUCCCGACAGAGUCACGGCCUGGACACGUUGCGCUCAUCGCGGGUCUCUACGAAGAUGUUUCUGCGGUGACAACUGGGUGGAAGUUGAAUCCCGUUGAUUUCGACAGUGUCUUCAAUCGAAGUCGGCACACAUGGAGUUGGGGAAGUCCAGAUAUUCUUCCUAUGUUUAAAGAGGGCGCAGUACCAGGGCGAGUCGAUGCCGAUCAAUAUGGUGCAGAAUUCGAGGACUUCUCACAGGACGCUACUGCACUGGACGUAUGGGUCUUCGAUAAGGUUAAAGAUCUUUUCAAAUCUGCCAGCACAAAUGCCACACUUGAUGCGAUGCUUCGAGAGGACAAAGUUGUUUUUUUCUUGCAUCUGCUUGGUUUGGAUACGACGGGUCAUUCUUACCGCCCAUAUUCCAAGGAGUAUCUACACAACAUCAAGAUUGUUGACCAAGGCGUCGAGGCCAUCACGAAUCUGAUCGAGGAGUUUUAUGCCGACGGGCAAACAUCCUACGUCUUCACAGCGGAUCAUGGAAUGAGCGACUGGGGAAGUCACGGGGACGGCCAUCCCGACAAUACGAGAACGCCCUUGAUCGUUUGGGGGGCUGGUGUAGCCCGACCCCAGCUUUUUCCGGUCGCCCAAGCUCCCGGCCAUGAGGACGGUUUCUCCUCCGACUGGGGCCUUGAUCAUGUUCAACGCCAUGAUGUUGACCAAGCCGAUGUUGCCGCGCUGAUGGCGUAUCUUGCGGGCCUGGAGUUUCCCGUCAAUUCUGUCGGCAAGCUUCCGCUGUCCUAUCUUGCUACAUCGACGCAGGAGAAAGCUAAUGCGUUGCUUGUGAACACCAAACAAGUCCUCGAGAUGUACAGAGUCAAGGAGGAACAAAAGAAGGCAACGUCGCUGAACUUCCAACCAUAUCCCCCUUUUUCACAAACAAACGCGUCUGUGGCUGGUCGAAUUGCUGCUAUCGAGGCUGCAAUCGGCAGCAACCACCACGAGUCAGCCAUUCAGCUGUCCUCGGAGCUCUUUGACCAUGCCCUACAGGGGUUGCGGUACUUACAAACUUACGACUGGCUUUUCCUUCGAGCACUGAUCACCGCCGGAUAUCUUGGCUGGAUUACCUACGCAAUCACGACCGUCAUUGACCUCCAUGUCCUGCAUGGCGCAGUGCAAGAUGAGAGGACGAUGGGAACAACCAUCGUGUUCUCGUCUCUCCUGGUUGUGUUGUAUUCAUUCUUCGUUGUGGAGCGAUCGCCCAUAACCUAUUACGCCUACGCUUUGUUCCCGGUCUUUUUCUGGGAGGAAGUGUUCGUCAGGAGAAAGGCUCUCUUUUCCGGGCUCAGCGUUCUUUUCGGUCACGUCCAGAGCUUUUCUCGAUCUGUCUCACUUCUUGUACAAGUGUUGCUGUAUUUGUUCGUCAUUGAAGCUUUGGUGCAAUCAUACUUUCAUCGCAUUAUCUUCACAGUGUGUUACCUCCUCGCAUCGGUCUUUCCAGCUACCUAUGGCGUGGAUUUCAUCAAGAAAAAUAAAUUAAUUGUGUUGGCAUGGGCAGCGGGCUGCCUAGUUCUAAGCACCUUUACAACGCUCCCGGUGGUCAAGAUUGAGAGUUCCAGUAUGAUCACCGCAGGAGGUCUCCUUAUGUUCGGAGCCGGUGUCCUCUAUCUUGCUUUUGAACACGACAUCACCACGCAGUCAAGAUCGCGGACGCAAGAGACAGAGCCCAACGUGAUUUCUCGAGUCCUCAUGGGCCUUCAGGUCGGCAUCAUUGGGCUGACAAUCAUCGUUACGCGCUCAAGUGUCGCUUCACUUCAAGCAAAGAAAGGACUACCACUCGGAAAUCAAGUCACUGGUUGGCUUGUUCUUAUCGCCUCUCUCAUCCUUCCAUUCGUGCACCGAAUAGCACCAAACACACAUUACCUUCAUCGGCUGGUUAUUAUCUUCUUGACGUUUUCGCCAUCGUUUGUGCUUCUUACGAUCUCAUAUGAGGGCCUCUUCUACUUUGCCUUUUGUUUCACGCUGCUUACAUGGGUCCGUCUUGAGCACGCCAUCCAGCGUCAUGAACCCUUCCAGUCACGAGGAGCUUCGCACGACUCAGUGGCCCCCCCAAAUGGCAUCACCAUAACGUCGAAAUCGCAGAAAUCCGAGAAUCUCCAUCCCGAACAGACCUUCCGCACCCUCGCACUCACGGAUCUGCGCCGUGCCCUUUUCUUCCUCUUCUUUCUACAGUCCGCCUUCUUCUCGACCGGCAACAUUGGCUCCGUUUCCAGCUUCAGUUUGGAUGCCGUGUACCGCCUCAUCCCGAUCUUUGAUCCCUUCUCCCAGGGUGCCCUUCUGCUGUUCAAGUUGAUGGUCCCGUUUGCCAUCAUCUCGGCGGCACUGGGCAUCCUCAAUCGCCGACUCGGGUUGCAAAGCUCGGCGCUGUUCAUGACGGUUAUGAGUAUCAGCGACGUGAUGACACUCAACUUUUUCUGGAUGGUCAAGGACGAAGGGAGUUGGCUAGACAUUGGCACGACCAUCAGUCACUUCGUGAUUGGGAGUUUGCUUUGUGUGUUCGUGGCGGGAUUGGAGGGAGUGAGUCAAGCUUUGAUCCAAGGGGUCGAGGUGGAUAGCUAUGAGGAUAGAACAAAGGAGAUGGGUGGGGUUCAGGUGGUUUCAGGGAAAGUCGUGGAAAACGGCGUGGAUGAGAAGGUGCAGGCAAAUGGGACGGCGAAUGGAGUCGUCAGGGUCACCGAAGGAAGGGAAGGUGUGGACGAGAGGCCGGUUAUUGAAUAG